GAUUGGGAAGACCCCUCCCCAGGGAACGAGGGUCUUGGCCAGGACCGGAGGGGGGCCGGGCCGGGCCGGGCCAGGCCGGCGGCUGCAGUUGGGCGUUAGCAAGCAAAGGGCAGCGGGCAGGGAGGGGAGCGGAGAGCAGGAAACAAGUUGGAGCCAGCAGGAAGCAGGGAGCGGGGAGCGGGGCGAUCGAGGGCGGCCAGCGAGGUCUGGAAACCAGGUAGUCGAGGCAGAGUCGGUCACCUCUCCCCCCCGGCCCAGGGUGGCGGCGGACAACAGGUCCCGGCUCCCGUCCGGAGCCGCGGAGGCCACGGCGUCGGUGUGGGAUGGGCCCGGGCGGCCCGGGGACCCGGUGGGCCCCGCUGGGCCCCCGUGUUCCGGAGCCGCUGGGCCCGAGGAGGAUCGGGGCGCCAUGGCCCAAGCCAGGGCAGGCAACGUGGAGGAGAUGUACGAGAUGCUGGAGAAGCUGGGCAGCGGGCACUUCGGGUUCGUGCAGCGCUGCCGGGAGCUGGCCACGGGCAUCUGCUACGCCGCUAAGUUCGUCAAGGUGCGGCGGCGGCGGGGCAGCCGGCUGGGGCUGGACCGGGGCCAGGUGGAGCGCGAGGUGGCCAUCCUGCAGGUCUUGGACCACCCGCACGUCAUACGCCUGCACGACAUCUUCGCCAGCCGGGCUCAGGUGGUGCUGAUCCUGGAGCUGAUCCAGGGCGGAGAACUGUUUGACUUUGUCGCCGAAAAGGAGGCGCUGAGCGAGGUGGAGGCCAUCGAGUUCCUCCAGCAGAUUCUGGAGGCGGUGGCCUAUCUACACAGCCAACACAUCGCCCACUUUGAUCUCAAGCCUGAAAACAUCAUGCUGAAGCAGAAAGACAUUCCCUGCCCCCAGAUCAAAAUCAUCGACUUCGGCCUGGCUCAGCGGCUGCAGGAAGGCGUGGAGUUCAAGAGCUCGUGUGGGACGCCCCAAUACGUGGCACCUGAACUGGUCAACUUCCAGCCGUUGGGAGUCCCCGCAGACAUGUGGAGCAUCGGAGUCAUCACCUACAUCCUGCUCAGCGGCCUGUCCCCGUUCCAGGGGGAGACGGAUCAGGAGACGCUGGCCAACGUGGUGGCCGGGGUCUUCGAGUUCGAGGAGCAGUACUUCGGCCAGACGUCAGAGGAGGCCAAGGACUUCAUCUGCAGCCUGCUGGUGCAGGACCCCAGAGAGCGGAUGACGGCCAAGCAGAGUCUUCAACACCCCUGGAUCCAGCCGCUGACACCCAGGCAGGAGAAGAGCCGCAGCCGCUCCUCCAUCAACAUGAAGAAAUUCCGCCAGUUUAACAUCCGGCGCAAGUGGAAGCUCUCCUACAACAUGGUCUUCGCCUGCAACCGCCUCUGCCGGAUGGGCCUGCUCUGUAACCAGGGGCUGGCGGACGAGGAGCUGCGCGACUGCGAGAGCGACCAAGAGGAAAACGGUCACCCGGUCUCCCUCCUCCGCCGCCGCCGCAGCAGCAGCUCUUGAGCCGCCCGGACAGACGGAGGGGGGGCGUCCGUCACCCCCCUCCCCCGUCCUCCUUCGACCCCCGGGGUGGUCCCCCCCCACUCCCCGACCCCCGGUCCUCCCCCGCCACUACACCCGGCCCGAUGACAGGGUCCGGCCCCUCCCGGGGGGGGAGGCGGGACCCCCCACCCCCCAUCUGAGCUGCUGGCACCCCCGCCCCUCGCCUUCAAGGGAUCCAACGGUGAAAGUGGGGACCGUAGUAGGGGGUGGCGGCUGGGGGAGGGGGGGCAGAGGCCGGCAGCGCGCUCCUCCCCCUCCCCCCGCCGCCCCCCACUCACUAACCCCUCAACAUGACCCGCGAUGACUUCC